AGAGAGGUCCAUACGCAAUGCAGAUUAUGGUCUGUUGUUAGUUAUCGUUUAUGCAAUGUACCUGUUUUUCAUCGGAAUUCAUUUUAAUAAGGAGCUUGCCACACAAAAGAAACGGUUUUAUGCAGGUUUUCUGCCCCCGCUGGAGAGGACGUUUACUUUCAAACAAGCUGCUUUCCAGAAGAAUCUUCCAAGGGCAAGGAUAUAAAGGUGGUGUUUAGGACUCCAGUUUAUUUGGCAAAGAACUGGAACAAAGUCCACCUUCCUCUGACCAACAGCCUGACCCUGCUGGGAUUUACAAUGACGAUCUUACAAAAUAGUCGCUCUGUUCUAUAAAUUCCUCUGUUCUGAAGUUUGAUGCCAUCCUUGUGGAACUCUGCCACCUGUGUAUUUAACAACUGUUGUUUUAGCAGCAAAAACUCCACUGUGCCCAGGAUAAUCUAUGCUCUUGUGUUGCUGCUGGGUACCAUUGUUGCUUGCAUCAUGCUGUCGCCAGGACUGGAUCAUCAACUCAAGAGGAUUCCAGGCUUCUGUGUGGAUGGGGCAGACUCCUCUUUCGAAGGCCUUCAACCACAUUUCAACUGUGAAAUGUUUGUGGGAUAUAAAGCAGUAUACCGUAUCUGUUUUGGCCUGGGUAUGUGGUACCUUGGGUUUUCCAUUCUUAUGAUUAACAUCAAGACAAGCAGAGACCCCCGUGCCUUCAUCCACAACGGAUUUUGGUUCUUCAAAUUUGUUGCAUUGGUGGCAAUCACAGUCGGCGCCUUUCACAUUCCUGAUAUACCUUUUAUCUACGCAUGGUUUGUCAUCGGCUCCUGUGGAGCUUUCUUUUUCAUUCUGAUCCAGCUGGUGCUGCUGGUGGACUUUGCUCAUUCCUGGAACGAGUCCUGGGUGGCAAAGAUGGAAAACGGCAACUCCAGGGGCUGGUACGCAGCGUUACUGGCCGUCAUGAUCCUGAACUACAUCAUAUCAUUUACUGCUGUGGGGCUGUUCUUCCAUUUCUACACGAAGCCUGACGGAUGCUUCCUCAACAAGUUUUUUAUCAGCUUCAACAUGCUACUCUGCAUGGUGGCCUCGGUGAUUUCUGUACUGGAUAAAGUUCAGGAGUUUCAGCCCCGGUCGGGUUUACUCCAGUCCUCCUUCAUCACCCUGUAUACCAUGUUUCUAACAUGGUCCGCCAUGAGCAACGAACCUGACCAAAACUGCAACCCCAGUCUGGUCAUUCUCAUACAGCAGAUCACAUCCCCUACGACCCCCCCCAUGGACAUAGAGAACCAAACCUCUGUGGUGAUCAUUGGAACAGAAGAACCCAUCUUGACAUCACCAUACCUGAGGUGGUGGGACGCCCAAACCAUUCUGGGGCUCAUCUUUUUUGUCCUGUGCAUUCUUUAUUCCAGGCAUCUCCGUUUUGUCAACAGCAUCCGUUCAUCCAACAUUAGCCAGUUCAACAAGUUGACUGUGGCCUUCAAAGACUCGGCCAUCCUGGCUGAGGGGGUCAGCAGCACUGACCCAUCAGACAAUGAGCAGAAGAGUGUGCGAUACAGCUAUUCCUUCUCCCACUUCAUGCUCUUCUUGGCUUCACUCUACAUCAUGAUGACCGUCACAAACUGGUACAGCCCCGAUGCAGACUUCACCGUUCUAAGCAAGUGGCCCACAGUGUGGGUGAAGAUCACGUCCAGCUGGUUGUGUUUGGCCAUCUACACGUGGACCCUGGUGGCUCCGAUGAUCCUCACAAACCGAGAUUUCACCUGAUCAGAGGAACUACUGCAGUGCAGGAUGUUAAAUCAGUCAUUUAUUUUCUUCUGUCCUUUUUUUUUUAAAUCAAACUGCCUGAAUAUAUGAUGGAAAAUAGUCAUCUAGGUUCGUAUUCCACAUUGGAGGGGACUGAAUGGAGCUGGACAGGGGUCAUGAUGUAUGUAAAUCUAAACUGAAGAAAUGUUGAUGUUGAUAAUGAAUAAAAUAUUUGAUACUGAAAGUCAGUUGUUGAUCUUCAACCAAAAAGAUGAGCUCAAACUAAAAAGAA